AUGGCGAGCGCGGCGGUGCCCGCGCAGCCUCGCCAACCGGAGGCCCCGCAGGAGCCAGGCGUGGCGGCGCCCGGGGACACGGAGCCGACGGAGGUGUCAGGCGGGACCGGGGCGGCGGCGGCGCUGGGAGAGACGGGGCUGGCCGUGGGCUGCUGCAUCGCGGCGGCGCUGAGCUGGGAGCGACCCCUCCGCAGCCUGGGCGGCUUCAUCUGCGCCAACCUGCUCUUCUGGUUUGUUGCAUUGACCCCUUGGAGAGUGUAUCAUCUGACUUCUCUUGUAAUACUUGGAGUGUUAAUUUUUCAGAUAAUGAAGGAUUUGGUGUUCUCAAAGCUAAAAGGUGCGCAGCUUUGGAGGGCCAUCACUAGCAACUGGAAAGUCACCGAUUCCAGUCAAGACUACAGACCCAGAAUAAAUCAGUGCAUUUCAGAAACACUGAUGAAUUUAUUUGUAUUUCUUCAAGAAAUGUCCCACUUUAAGGAACAAAACCCUGGCAAGUUUUGCCUACUAGUCUGCAGCAUAUGUACAUUUUUCACUGUCUUGGGAAGUUACAUUCCUGGAGUUGUCCUCUCCUAUGUCUUGUUAUUGUGUGCCUUUUUAUGUCCCUUCCUUAAGUGCAAUGAAUUUGGACAGAAAUUGUGCAGCAAAAUAAAGGCUUUUCUGAUGAAACUAGAUUUUGGAAUAGUGGAAUAUAUCAACCAGAAGAAAAAAGAGAGAUCUGAAACAGCAAAAACAAAACCUACAGAAGAUGACAGUGAAUUAGACAUAUCAGCUCUGUGUCCUAAGGUUAGUCCUGCAAUUGUUGCCAAAGAGCUGUCAGUGUCUGACACAGAUGUCUCAGAAGUAUCCUGGACCGAUAAUGGGACCUUUAACUUAUCUGAGGGGUAUUCUCCACAGACUGACACAUCUGAUGAUUUUGACCGACCUAGUGAUCAUGAAGAAGCUUUCGCUAGAGAUCUUUUAGAGUUUCCCUCUUUAGAAAAUGGUGCUGGCACAAAUGAUGACGAUGACUCAAGCAUUGGUUUGCCCACCCAGCAAAAACGAAGGAAAGAGCAAAGUGAUGUCAAGGCAGAUCACGCUUCCAGACAAGAGAGACCAUCCACGGCAGGGUUGUCCUUGCCUUUGACCAGUGACCAAACCGUUAAUUUAAUGAGUGGAAUUGCUGGCAAUGUCAUCACAGCUGCGGUGUCUGCUGCCAUCAAAGACCAGCUGCAGUCCCUACAGCAAGCUCCCUCACAGGCAGCGCCCAGUUUGAGCGAGGAGACAGACACAGAGGAAGCUGACGAUUUUGAACUGCUUGACCAGUCGGAGCUAGAGCAGAUUGAGAAAGAAUUGGGACUUUCACAAAGUCAAGAAGCAGAAUCCCAGGAAAAGAAGAAGUCUUCAGGCUUCCUGUCAAAUCUGCUUGGAAGUCAUUAACCUGGAAGUUGCAGCUGGUAACACAGAAGAAAUUAAAUAUAAAACAAAAAAAAAAUACCAUCAUAUGAAAAAAAAAAAAGAAAGAAAAAAAGAAAAAAGAGAGAGAAGAAAAUUCUGAGCUGUAAGCUUUAACUGUCCCUUUAG